AAUAGAGAAAUUCCCGGGAGAUGUUCUUCAUCUUGCUCUCUCAGAGCUUCUCUCUCGAAUGGCUUACUCUCCCCGUACACCGGAGGAAGCAUCUCUAGUGACUUCUGCGGCGCCAAGCUUCGUUCGGAAUCGCUUAAUCCGUUAAAUAUCUCCAGUUCUAAGCCUAAGCGCGGAGUUGUCACUAUGGUUAUACCUUUUUCAAAAGGAAGUGCACACGAACAACCUCCUCCUGAUUUGGCAUCAUAUUUGUUCAAGAACCGAAUUGUAUACUUGGGGAUGUCUCUUGUUCCUUCAGUCACUGAGUUGAUACUUGCGGAGUUUCUUUACCUUCAGUAUGAAGACGAGGAAAAGCCUAUUUACCUCUACAUAAACUCGACAGGGACAACUAAGAAUGGUGAGAAGUUGGGCUAUGACACCGAGGCUUUUGCAAUUUAUGAUGUCAUGGGGUAUGUCAAACCGCCAAUCUUUACUCUCUGCGUUGGGAAUGCUUGGGGUGAAGCUGCUUUGCUUCUGACUGCCGGUGCAAAAGGAAAUCGUUCUGCAUUGCCCUCAUCAACUAUAAUGAUAAAGCAGCCCAUUGCUCGAUUUCAAGGCCAAGCAACCGAUGUUGAAAUUGCAAGAAAAGAAAUCAAGCACAUAAAGACAGAAAUGGUCAAGCUGUAUUCAAAGCAUAUUGGUAAAUCCCCAGAGCAGAUUGAAGCUGACAUGAAACGCCCAAAAUAUUUUAGUCCCAGCGAGGCUGUUGAAUACGGGAUCAUUGAUAAGGUGGUUUACAAUGAAAGGGGCAGCCAAGACAGAGGAGUUGUGUCCGACCUUAAAAAGGCACAACUCAUU